UCGUUGGUUUGUAGCGGUGGAGCGGUGGUAAUGUUGUUGCAUGUGUGAGAUUUUGUCCAGGGAGACGAAGCUUUUAUCACUGAAAACACCUGAAUUUCUUCAUCUGCGUUACAACACCAGUAUUUACCGCCACAAUGACUGAGGAUGUCCAGAAGCACUCAGUCCACACUCUGGUCUUCAGGUCUCUCAAAAGGACUCAUGACAUGUUUGUGUCCGACCACGCCAAGUCCAUCGCACUGGAUGAUGAAAGCCAUAAGGUUAAGAUGGGUGUGAAACUGAGAACAGAGUACGAUGCAGUUUUACACAUGCCCGUCCUGAAGGAAGGCAAAGACCGAGUCUCACAGCUUCCAGGCAGCAUGCAAGGCCACCAAGGCUACGCACAGCCAGGUGAAGACCCGGAAUACCUGAUCACCGGGACACAUGCGUACCCCUCUGGACCUGGACUGGCAUUGACUGCUGACACAAAGCUGCACAGAAAUCCCAGUGAGGGAGGAGUGCACUCCAUGGCGUUGGCUUUACCACCCUCACAAGCGCGGCAGGAAGCCAGUCGCACUGCAGCCAGUGUUGCUGACAUCCAUCGACACGCAGGAGGAGCAGAGCGAGCACACCCUCAGUCAUCUGUAGUGUCACUCAUGGAGGGAGGUGGGACCAGAAAUUCGGCGCUCAUGAGGAGAGCACCAACAAUGCCUAAACCCCAGUGGCAUCCACCAUGGAAACUGUUUCGGGUCAUCAGUGGUCACCUCGGCUGGGUGAGGUCCAUCGCUGUGGAGCCUGGGAAUCAGUGGUUUGUCACAGGAUCCGCUGAUAGAACUAUAAAGAUCUGGGACUUGGCCAGCGGAAAACUGAAACUCUCUCUGACCGGACACAUCAGUACAGUACGUGGUGUGGCAGUCAGCAACCGCAGCCCUUACCUCUUCUCCUGUGGAGAAGACAAGCAAGUCAAAUGCUGGGAUCUGGAGUACAACAAGGUCAUCAGGCACUACCACGGGCAUCUCAGUGCCGUGUAUGAUUUGGAUCUACAUCCAACCAUCGAUGUGCUGGUGACGUGCAGCAGAGAUGCCACAGCAAGGGUGUGGGACAUCAGGACCAAAGCCAAUGUGCACACACUAACCGGUCACACCAACACUGUAGCCACAGUGAGAUGUCAGGCAGCAGAACCACAGAUCAUCACUGGCAGUCACGAUUCAACCAUCAGGCUGUGGGAUCUGAUUGCUGGGAAAACCAGAGCGACUCUGACGAACCACAAGAAGUCUGUCCGAACUCUGGUGCUGCACCCCAGACAAUACACAUUUGCUUCUGGAUCUGCUGAUAACAUCAAGCAGUGGAUGUUUCCAGAUGGCAACUUCAUCCAGAACCUGUCGGGGCACAACGCCAUCAUCAACACUCUGGCUGUUAACUCUGAUGGCGUGCUGGUGUCUGGAGCUGACAACGGAACCAUCCACAUGUGGGACUGGAGGACAGGCUACAACUUCCAGAGAAUUCAUGCAGCUGUUCAGCCUGGAUCUCUGGACAGCGAGUCAGGAAUCUUUUCCUGCGUGUUCGACCACUCAGAAAGCCGACUGAUCACCACGGAGGCUGACAAGACCAUUAAAGUUUACAAAGAGGAUGACACUGCCACCGAAGAAAGUCACCCAGUCAACUGGAAACCAGAAAUCCUCAAGAGAAAAAGAUUCUGAAGAUUUUUUUAUUAUUGUUUUUUUCUGUUGUCACAGUACCCGUUUUAAAUUUCAUUUCUACCAACUUCUGUUGUAGCUGUACGCAGCAGGUUUUGUUUGCUAGUGCUUUCUUUAUGAAGCAAACUUUCCCUCAACUAAUGCGACUUUGACAAAAGCACCCACAUAUUGUUUGCCUCUUCAUUGUAUGAUGUCAGUCCCAUAAAGCUGCCGUUCUGGACUGCCAAGAACCUGACAGAGCGUUUGUGCUCGAUGAUGACAGCUCCUCUGGUUCUGGUCCAUCUGGUCUACUAGCAGAAGCCCCUCUUCAUUUUGAGAAGGACAGCGUUCACAGUGGACCUGGUUGCUGUUGGAAUCAAACGCUGCAGCAGCAGAGACAACGUGUGUCAAAAUUGUUUCCAAAAAAUUGUUUUGUAUUGACUCAACAGAAUUGCCAGCUGUACAGACGUGGGAACAGACUUGUUUCUGGCCUGGAAUGUGAAGUUUAUUUUGCUCCAUUUUAAUAAAGACCACAUUUUUCACAUA